UUAAUUAUGCCUAAGAAACAUCAAGCAUCCCUCCCCCCAAAAUCAAUAAACGGAAACUAGUAACCAACCACCGUUACCAUGACCAAUAUGGAUAAAGCUAUGGACGAAGGAGAGGAAGACCAUGACUAUCUCAAUGGCAAUGGCCACUCCCAUCAUCACAACUCCAACACCGCUUCCCAAAUCCAACAACACUUCUCCCACCAUCUCCAAGGCAUCGCCCGCAUCAACAACGGCAGCUUUGGUUGUUGCCCUCACUCCGUCUUGGCUGCCCACCGCCAAUGGCAUCUUCGCUUCCUCUGCCAACCCGACAAGUUCUACUCCGACGUCCUCCCCGACGCCCUCCUCCACUCCCGCUCCCUCCUCAAGUCCCUCAUCAACGCUGACCACCUCCAUCAGGUUUCCCUCAUCGACAACGCCACCACUGCUGCCGCUAUCGUCCUCCGCCACAUCUCCACCUCCCUCUCCCGCAAUGACACCGUCGUCAUGUUCAACUGCGCCUUCCAGGCUGUCAAGAAAUCCAUCCAAGCCUACGUCGCCACCGCCGGCGCCUCCGUCGUUGAGAUCCCGCUUCCCUUUCCUGUUCGUUCCCCCCAAGAAAUCGUUGCCCGGUUCAGGAAGGGUUUACAGAGAGGAAAAGCCAACGGUAGCAAGAUUAGGUUAGCCAUAAUUGAUCAUAUUACUUCCAUGCCCUCUGUCCUUAUUCCCGUUGGGGAAUUAGUUCGCAUAUGCAGGGAGGAGGGUGUCGACCAGGUCUUUGUCGAUGCAGCUCACGCCUUGGGUACUGUCCCCGUCGAUGUAAAAGAGAUUGGGGCCGAUUUCUAUGUGACAAACUUACAUAAAUGGUUCUUUUGUCCACCUUCUGUUGCCGUGUUUUAUAGCCGGAAUGAGUUGCCCAUUGAGACUUCUUGGAUUGGGACUCGGGACUAUAGCUCACAGCUCCUUGUGCCUUCGGUUAUGGAGUUUGUGAGCACCUUCGAAGGUGGGUUAGAGGGGAUUAUGAAGAGGAACCAUGAGAGGGUUGUUCAAAUGGGACAGAUGUUGGUAGAGUCAUGGGGCACCAUUCUUGGCUCGCCGCCUCAUAUGUGUGCCAGUAUGAUUAUGGUUGGCUUGCCUUCCCAAUUGGGUAUUUCCAGUGAGGACAAUGGGUCGAAGUUGAGGUCGCAUUUGCGGACCUGUUAUGGUGUAGAAGUUCCUAUUCAUUACCAGGCUCCAGAAGAUGAUGCUGCAACUGAAACUAGGGAUAAUAAGAAUGGGCUAAUCAGUGGUUAUGCUCGGAUAUCUCACCAAGUUUAUAACACGGUUGAGGAUUAUCACAAGUUCAGAGACGCCAUCAAUCAACUUGUUCAGGACGGAAAAGUUUGCAAAAUGCUAUGAUGGAAAUGGAAUAAAAAAGAAAAGGCACAACCAUUUGACAGAGUAGUUAAAUGAAGGAAAUCUACUUUGAUUGAUCAUUGCAUGGUCAUACUCUGCUGAAACGCUAAAGAAACCGAUUUGUUUUUAAAUUAGUUAACAUCUGGAGAGAGAAACGAGUCAAAUCGAGACCUUGAUGUGUUCUGCUGUAGUUGGUUAUUUAUACAAUUUGUGUGAAGAGAAUGAGUAGCUUAUUACCAUGGUCUCUAGUGGGAAAUCCUUAUGGGAAAAGAACGUGUCAACAAAAGUAGAGUAGGAGAGUAGGAUAGGAUGGUAGUAAGUUGAUGUAAUUGAAAGGCUUGAUGGGCUGAUAGUUGCUAGAAAAGCGUUGUUAAGUAUAAAUUUAUUUGUAUAUAAUUCACAUUCUGUAAAUGUAAUCAAGUGCUCCAAUGCCUGCUUACUUUUAGCAGCUUAGUCACUUAGCACAAA